UAUGAUGAUACAUUAAGAAUUGGGUUUGCACUCUUUUUGUCAUCUUGGCGCCUGUGGAGGCCUGCUGGGAACAGGACUUCUAAGCAAACAUGUCUGGAAGGCUGUGGUGCAAGGUCAUUUUUGCUGGCCACAAACAACGUCUCCAGAACCAAAGAGAGCACACAGCUCUUUUGAAAAUUGAAGGUGUUUAUGCCCAAGAUGAAACUGAAUUCUACUUAGGCAAGAGAUGUGCUUUUGUAUAUAAAGCAAAAAACAAUACAGUGACUCCUGGAGCCAAACCAAACCAAACCAGAGUGAUCUGGGGAAAAGUGACUGGGGCCCAUGGAAACGGUGGCCUGGUUCCUGCCAAAUCCCAAAGCAACCUUCCUGCAAAGGCCAUUGGACACAGAAUCCGUGUGAUGCUGUAUCCUUUCCGGAUUUAAACUAAUGAAAAGUAAAUAAAUAAAAGUGGAUUUGUGGAAGAAAAAAAAAAAAGAGUUGGGUUUGAAGAAAAAAAAAAAAAUAGAAGCCAGCGUUGAGUGAAAGGGGAACACUUCAAUAAAAAAGAUCCAUUACAUAGUCAUCCUAGAUGAAAAACAAAGACAGCUCAUAACAGGGUGUUGUGUCACAUGCCUUUAAUCCCAGCACUCAGAGAGGCAGAGGCAGACAGAUCUUUGUGAGUUUGAGGCCAGCCUAGUCUCCAAAAUGAGUCCAGGCCAGCCAAGGUUACACAGAGAAACCCUGUCUCGAAACAAAAAACAACAACAAAAAAGACAGCUCAAAGGAGAUGAGGCAUUUUGACGGAGACAGAAUAUAUUAUUU